UUUGCUGGGCUUACCAGCCCUUGUAAAAAACUAAAAGCAGAAACGAUCUCCUCUAGAAUAAGAAAUAAUUAAAAGAAGUUUGCUGGAUUUCCGUGUGGGCGCGGGGCAGGAGUUGCUGCCGGGAUGCACUGCCACUGGGGGAUCGUUUCUGUGUGUGUUACAGAGCAGGAAGCGGUGGCUGAGUGCGCCAUGCAGCUGCGCCGCAUCGGGGACAAGUGGAACCUGCGGCAGAAGAUCCUCAACCUCAUCACAAAACUGUUCUGCCCGGAGACGUGAGCUCGCUCCGCAACGGUGCAUGGGAAAACAUGGAAAAACCUGGGCUUAUGCAUUUGGAACGAGAGACUUCACUUACAUCGGGGAGAUGGAGAAAUCUCUUUAUAUUGUAUUUCGCUGCCUGUCGCCACUGAAGAAAAGCUGUCAAAACGUGAUUUCUUUGGAUACUACAACUAUACCAGCAUGGGAAUGCCAAGUGGAAAACAAGAUAAUGAUGUGCAGAGCUCCUGACCACGCGGUGGAGAGCUGUGGGACAGGAGUCCGUCCGGUCUGAGGCGCCUUCCUGCUGUCGGAAACCUGAGCUGCUGCCAGGCCGCGAGUCCCGCAGCUACGCCUCACCCAGGAGCCCGGAGCUCCUCCGGGAACGAGCCAAACCCGUCAGGCUCCUUCCUUCAAGAUAGGAUUGCAUAACCCAGGGCAAAAGCCAGCUGCCUCGUUUCUAACUGCUCUUGUUUUCUAAAGCGUAGAUUCUGCUGGACAGAGAUCUGGUGUUGGGAUUUUUUUCACUUGUUAAUUUAAAACUAUUUUUAUUGAAAGGUUAUUUGUUCUAGGAUAUGCUUCACUGACUAAUAAUUACAAUUCUGUGAAUUAACAAGAUGCUGCAUAAUUCUAGUCUAUAUUAUAUUAUAUAUAUGUGUGUGUAUAUUUACAUAUAUAUUAUAUAUAUAUUAUAUAUAUAUAUAUACACCCUACUUGUAUGAGAUGAGUAUUUCAUGGAACUAUUAAUUGUAUAUUACGGGUUUAGGCUCAAAAAGUAGUAAAAAGAACUGUUCAAAUCACAACAAUAAUACAUCCUAUUAACUGAAAGGAAGCAUAAUGCUUUCUGAUAAUAAAAGAAAUAUUUGAUGCAUUACUGAAGGGAGCAUACUUUAGUCUAUCAUUAAAUAUGAAAAGAGAUAUAUAUAUAUAUAAAAGUAUAUAUUACACAGAGAAAUACAGCUGUUAAGGUGUGUGCAUUUGGUGAAAGGAUUCUUUCAAUAUUAAAAAGAAUUUCUUUAGAACAAUACAAUACUGCUGUGUAUUUUUAUAAAUAAUAAUAACUCUUAUCAACAGAAGCUGAUGUUAAAGUUGAAUCUGAGGUUUUUCUUGAGAACAUUAUUUUUUCAAAGAAAGCAACUACCUCUCUUUAAAGAUAUAAUGUUGAUAAAAUUGAAUGUUACAGUUAGUACAAGAAAGUAACCUUGGAUUUCUAAAUGUACUAUGAUACUUUUAGGUGAAGGCCCUUCCCUUAUACUUUGUUUCCAUUUCAUUUCAUGGCAACUUCAUUUCAGUUCUGGAAUGAAGAAGCUGCUGUAAUUCAUCCAGAGGAUGGGGGUGCAUUAUGCCUGUCUCACUGAACAGUUGCAUUUGGCUGGCUUUGAGGGAGCUGCAGCAAGCGUGCUGAGUCGCAGCAAGGCCAAGAGCAACGCUUCUAGUCAGUAAUGUCAGACAUGACCUUCAACAGUAUUUUUCAGAGGUGCAAGCUAGCAAGAAAACAGCAAUAGCUGAACGUGCUUUGCAAUUGCCUUUAAGCCAGUAUGUUGACAUGUGCAAAAUAACCACCUCUUCCAGGAUAUGUAGCAGGAAAAGUAAUUUGAAGUCACAUUUUUGCUUCUCUUACUCCUCUCUGCUUUGGUAUAUAAACACAUUCGCAUUUUAUAGAGGUGUGUAUUUGUGCCUUUUGAAUUCUGGGUCAGUUCAAGUUAUAUUCUUUCCCGCCCAGUGAAUUCUCGUUUACAUUUAUAACGAAUUUUUCAGUUAGUUCUUCUGAACCUGCCUUUGCAAAAUUGUCAUUACAUAGCGCUUUAAACUCCAUCACAACUGACUAGUAGGACUGUCGUUUGUUGACACUGAUUUUGCUUAGCAGAAAGUGACUGACUUUGUCUCCUUUCUGUGUAUAGGGCUUAACCCAGUUGCAGUGACACUACUGGGAGCCUUGCCCUUGGCUUGAACCGGAGGCCGGUUCCUUUCUCCUCUAAGCCAGCUAAUACUUCUUCAGUGAGAACAUAGUGUUCCAAGAAUAAUUAUUAUUCAUAUUAGCACUGCAAAGUAACAUGUUUUGCUGACAUGUGUAGAAGUCAGUUUUUCAGGUAUUACAAAAUAAAUGCAAAGAGUUUCUGUUAGGCUAAACACCAGCUUCCAGGCUAUCUCCGCGUGUGAUUUAGCAGAGUUGUUGGUUAAAGGCAGUCCUGAACUCAAUCAAAAGGCUCCCAGUGCAUCUCCUGGGCUUGGUGGAGUCCCGAAGUCCUUAUCGAGCCUUCAGGAAGCUAAAGAGUGAUUGGCCUGACUGGGACUCUCAGGAAAAUUCAGCAUGAGUGGUCACAUUAGCAGCUGAAAUGUAUUCAAAUAAAAGUGUUCUGCUCAAUGUAUGCUGCUUUAAAAUGCAAUAGGAAGCUUGGUGUGGGGCUCACAGAGCUCAGCCACUAUUUCCGACUGUAGCAGGUGUGAAUGUUAUGAAACUUAGGGGGAUGCAUUUUCCUCGAGAUAUUAGAGUUGCGUUGCAGUAUUUUUUUUUGUCUAGAUCUGUAAGGACUACAUAUUUUUCAUGAAAUGUUUUUAUGUUUCUCUAAGGGUUGUCAAGAGUGCUAGUACACACCGUGAGCUCAGGAAAAAGACCUAGAUCCAAAUGACCAAUGCCAGUGUAUGAGCAAGAGCUUAAUGAUGUCUUCCCUAGGCACUGAGCCCUUGUGUUACCUCUCCAAAUGAUCUGCUAUAUGAUUGUAUCAACAUGAGCUUGUUUUUCUUAAGGUCUGUUUUGGAUACAGGCCAGAUGUUUCAGUGUAUGCUGCA